AUGUCAGCCAGGGAAGAUGCUAUAUCCCCAGACGAGUUGAGAAAAAAGCUCUAUAAAACGCUGAGAGAUCGGGGAGUGCUGGAUACACUCAAAACUCAUCUGCGUAACCAACUCAUCCACGAGUUAAAACCCGCACCGUUAAACGGAGCAGAAUCAGCUGUGAGAGCCAACUCCCAUUUCAUGUCAGCCUGCAACAGCAUAGUGGCUGAUUAUCUGCGAAGCUCAGGCUAUGACUACUCUUACUCUGUAUUCUGCCCAGAGAGUGGGCUAUGCAAGGAAAAGGUGUUCAACAAAGGAGAUCUCCUCCAGGUUCUUAAAAUCGACCCUGAGUCGCCACUUUAUAAAUCCCUGUCACUGAGCAUUGAUAAUACAGGCUUUUUAAUGAACCUUGUGUCAUACAUCACUGACCGUCAGAAUGUGUGUCAGCAUCGAGAUGCCGACACGCAGACAGUAAGCUCCGCAAGUUACGAACAGUCUCUCGUUGAGAAGAUGAAAAUGAUCGACAAGGAAUACGAGAAUGUGAAUUACAGCGGGGAAAAGUGGUUUUCAUUCCAGUCUAAACUGGCUUCCUACAAGAGAGAAUUGGAAUCCCAGAUGCAGACUGAAAUGAACACAAAGCUUCAGCAUUUCAAAGAGGUUGAAGUCACCAAGGUCAAAAUGGAGGAAAAAGUGCAAUUUCAGAAGGAGUUUGACAAGCUAAAACAAGAACUGGAGAAAAGCUACGAGAUGAAGAUGAAGGUGUUGAACACCAGGGAGAAACACACCAUUGAACGGCUUCAAAAACAGCAAGAGAUCGAGGAAAAAAAUGUCUACAUGCAGAGGCAAAUGGUGCUAAAGGAAAUCGACACGCUGCGAAACAGAGAAAAUGAGCUGAAGUUGCGCAUGGAGUCUUUUGAAGAAACUUGUCAAAUACAAGAAGAGAAGGUGAAGACUGGCGAAGAGAUGCUGAGGAGGCGAGAACUAGCAGUGAAGACCAUGGAAGACAUGUAUGACCAAAAGUUGAAGAAUGAAAUUUCCAGAUAUCAGAUGGAGCUCAAGGAGGAUUACAACAAGAGAACAGAGCUACUAACAGCGAGUGAGAAUCAAAACAAAGAGAACAUCAUUCGCAUUCAAAAUGAUACAGCCACUCUUAAGGCCCGAUUAGAAGAAUACAAUGAAGCCUGUUCAGAGCGGAAGCGACUGCAGUUGGAUGUGGAUGCAGCACAGCAGCAAACGUGUCUGCUCCGUCAGCAGAAUGAACUUUUGAGGGAACGUCUGGAAAGUAUGAACGACUUCCCUGCUUUAAAAGAGGACAAUGUACGGCUGCGCGGACAAGUCAUGCUUUUGAAGAAACAGCUGGAGGAAGCGCAAGAGGAGAAUCGGCGUCUUAACGCAGAAUUGCGUAAACCUUCCGACGAGCAGUUGGCCUUGCAGGCGGAGCUCCUCAAGCUUCAGAGCGCUUGCAAAUUGCAGGAAGAAGAGUUUGCCAAGCAGCAGAACGCAUUGCAAAAACAGCUCCAGUUUGAGGUGGAGCGAUGUAGUCAACUGAACGUGCAGCUGAAGGAGUGCGAGGAGAAACAGCAGUGGAUGAACACGCUUGUGGAGGACCUCAAGAUGCAGCUUCGACAAACACAACAAGCUCUUGAAAACGAAGUACUACUCAACCCCAAACCCUCACUUGUUGACCGUUCCGUUUUGGACUUUAGCAAUGACGGGCUGGUGUCCCACAACAUUUACCUGGACCGGGCGGCGCUGAGGCCCCUACCGGCCUAUGAACCCGUCGGUGAUAUUGGCCGGCUGGUGACGAGCGACUCUAGCUCUGAUUCUAAGAGCCUGGCGGAAUUUCAGGCUCGCAUGCGGGAGAUGGAGAAAGAGGCUGAUGUUUUGGCUGAAGAAUACAAAAAGCACCAGCAGAGGGCAGCGCGCGCCAACGUCUCACGUAGGCGUCCGACACCUUCCAGUCGGGGCGCCUCUCCUCUACUGACACUGACUUCUGACCUGCCUUACGCCGCCCACCUGUCAAAGAGUUUGACGCAAGCACUUUCACCUAACAAAGCCAGAACCCCCUCCCCGGUGUCCUUCCCAGCUGCUCGGCACAAAGUAACCUAUCAAGACCCGCUUCACAAGUCCUACGGCACCAGUAGUCUCUCAUCAGCUGAACUUCAGGGCCAGCAGUCAUUCACGCAUCUGUCCUUCCGCACCAAGAAGAAGCAUUGUAAAGAUUCAACAGAAGAAGUGGAUUUAUCACCGUGGUUGCAGUCACAUGACAGCCGCCUCUCCUUGGCCCCACGACGUGACGCGUCCAGCUCGGGUGAAUUGUCCCCAGAGCUGAGCCCCCCUCGCAGCCCCCAGCUCAAGAGCACCGCGCGAGAGUCGCGCAGAGCUCCAAGUCGACAACGCGUCUCCUCUAGCUCGCAUUCCUCGCCCCAGCCUGAGAGGAUAAACGUUGAGGAUCUUGCUGGCAUUUCACCAGAACCCGGCCACAUUCCAGAGCUUCUCCCGGACACUGCCGUCCCUCUCUCCUCCUCCGAGGCCCCCGGCGGCCCCUCCGUCCCCUGCCCACAGGACUCGCCGGGUCGAGCGGGUGAGUGACGAAAAUCCUCCGAAAUCUUGACGUCCUCGGCGGAUGAGGAGAAAGGGGAUGAAGGACAGCGAUGGGAAAAACAAAGAAAAGAAAAGCAAGAUUUGAGGCGGCGGGAGCAAGAGGAGGCUAGAGCGAGAGAACAAAAGGAAACGGAGAGAUUGGAGAAAGAAAGUCUUUUGCAACAGCAACAACAAUCGGAGGAGGAAGACAUAAAAGGAGAUGGAGACAAAAGGCAAGAAGCGGAAGUCCCUAAAGAAAACUCAUUGGAGAAGUAUAUGAAGAUGGUAUUGGAAGCCCGAGAGAAGAAACAAGAUAAGAGCGCUGGCAGUGAGAACCACAUGAGCCCAGAAGUCAAGAGUUUGUCUGAAGAGAAAGAUAAUAGCAUUGCGGCCUAUUCGCACAAGGAUGACAGUGCUGAUGAUAAUUUUUGGUAG